AUGAAAGUAUCAACAAUUUUACAAGCUAUUGCAAUGUUUCAAUUAACAACAGCAACCUCACUAUGGUCGCUUAUCUCCGAUAAAGCCAACUUACCAAAACAAGUAGAUGAUUUGAAAAACUGUGCUGGGAGUGUAGCUGCUGCCGCUGCUAAUAAACUUUCACCAAAAAAAUUGUUCCCCACUGACGCUGCUGCUGCCGCUGCUACUACUACUACUACUGCUGCUACUGCUAUUACUACUAAUGGUACAAUAAAAGAGAUUCCUACAAUUUACAGAACCACCACCAUUGAAGUUUUCACUAGUGAAGAAGUUGCUGAAAACAAACAAGCUAGUGCAACGCUACCUUCUGACAAUAGUGGUAACAACAAUUUUGAUGACAAAACCCCAAAAGAAACAAGUACCCCUCCAGCAAACAAUAUUACUCCAGAACCUACCAAAGGCACAUAUACUGGCGAAGGGACAUUUUAUUCAACGGGACUUGGUGCAUGUGGUGGACGCAAUAAGGACUCAGACUAUAUUGUUGCCCUUUCAGAAAACUUUUACAAAGAGUAUACACCAGGAAACAAUCCAAAUAAAAAUACAUUGUGCGGCAAGAAACUCCGUGCAUUUUACAAUGGAAAAUCAGUCGACGUCACUGUGGUGGACUGCUGUGUUGGGUGUGGCUAUUACGAUUUGGAUUUUUCACCUGCUGCAUUUAGACAAUUGGCUGACCAGAAAUUGGGUAGAAUUCAAGUGACAUGGCUGUGGUUGGAAGUAGCCUAG